AUGCAAGGACGCAAUCUGAUGUCAUUGCUUUCCCGGGGCUCCCCCUCAUCUCUUCGGUCCCUCCGAGAGGCAUUCGCUUGCAGGCCCCUCACCAGGCGAUUCCAAAACUCAGCCACAUCAACGGCCCUUCGCUCAUUAUCGACGCUACCGAACCUGCCUCUCUUCCGUGCGCUCAAAUACCACGACCCUUCGAGCCUCGCCGUGGUUCACAGCGCGUCUGCGCGAUCCUUCGCAUAUGGCAAUCUGGUCGCGGACGUGCUGCAGGCGAAGGAACAGCUGCUAGCAUCUGCGGGGGAAAAGGCAGAUUCGCUUGCCGGGGAACGAGUUGCAUUUCUGGCGGAGAAUAGCUACGACUACGUAGUAACGCUCUUAUCUAUCCUUGCUAGCAAUGCAAUUGCUCUUCCCCUCUCCCCGGCUUUUCCUGUCGGCGAGCUGAAGUAUAUCCUCGACAACUCGCAAUCCAAGGUGCUGGUGUCUACCCAGAAAUAUGCCGAUAAGACUCAAGAUCUGCUCAAGGCGGGAUUAGAGCGGCAGCCUAUACUGGAAAUUAGAGACAAGGUCAAGGUGGGCGCGGCGGGCUCUGGCUCAGCGACUUUGGAGGACAUCGAGAGUGGAAAAUCUCUUGGUGGAAUGAUGCUUUAUACGUCGGGGACUACGAAUAGACCGAAAGGAGUGCUUAUCCCGCAGUCUGCACUCACAGCCCAGGCGUCCUCACUUCUACAGGCGUGGAAAUACUCGCCCGAAGAUCGGUUACUUCACCUUCUUCCUCUCCAUCAUAUCCAUGGAACGGUCAAUGCCAUUAUCACGCCCAUCCUGGCUGGAUCAUCCGUCGAGUUCAUGUUUCCCUUCAACACCGACGCUGUCUGGAACAGGCUUGCCGCACCAUUCCUGCCGAAUAGCACAACACCCGACAAAAUUACCUUCCUUACCGCUGUGCCGACCAUCUACAAUCGGCUUCUUGCAAGUUUUCCUGGCCUGCGUCCUGAGGUCCAGGAAGCUGCAAGACAGGGGAUCUCGCCGGAGAACCUGCGCCUGAAUAUCUCGGGCUCCGCAGCCCUCCCGACACCUACGAAACAGGCCUGGCAGGACCUCAGCAACGGCAACGUUCUCCUGGAGCGCUUCGGGAUGACCGAGGUUGGAAUGGCUAUCAGCUGCGGACUCAAUUUUGCGGAUCGCGUUGAUGGAAGUGUCGGUUGGCCGUUGCCAUCUGUGGAGGCCAGAUUGGUGGACACGGACACGAACGAAGUCAUCCAGCCGGGUGAAGAACUUGGCAGCAACGGCCGUGAACGCGAAGGAGAGAUCCAACUUCGUGGUCCAACUAUCUUCCAGGAAUACUGGGCUAAUGAAAAGGCCACGCAAGAGGCCUUUGUAGAAAGCGAGGAUGGGAAAGGCAAAUGGUUCAAGACUGGCGAUGUUGCUACUCGGCGCUCCGUGGAAGAUGCUGGUAAGGGGACUAGUGGCGAAUGGGCGAAGGGGCCGAUGUUCUUUAUCCAGGGCCGACUGAGCGUCGACAUCAUCAAGACGGGUGGAGAGAAGGUCAGCGCUUUGGAGGUCGAGAGAGAAUUGCUCUCCCUGCCCCAGAUCACCGAGGCCGCAGUCGUUGGCCUCCCGUCCGAGCAAUGGGGCCAGAAAGUUGCCGCGGUUGUCGUUCUCAACCCCGAAGUUGCAGCCAAGACCGGCCGUAAUGGCAAGCCUUGGGGCCCGCUAGACAUGCGUCGCGCUCUUAAAGACCGUCUAGCCAGCUACAAGAUGCCCCAGGAGAUGAAAGUCCUCACUGGGCCGAUCCCAAGAAAUGCCAUGGGAAAGGUAAACAAGAAGACCCUUGUCAAGGAGGUCUUUGGUCUUUAG